UCACUAUUGAACGAUGCAGCCAUGGUGGCUAAAUACCGUGAUGCCGCUAUUAAGACCAACGAUACAACAUUGCAGCUGUCGUACGCAAAGUACUUACUGGAUAUUGGAGAGCCUUCAGAGAUCAUGGGAAUGCGCCAAUUGACCCAAGAAGCUAUUUACUGGGUCGAUCGACUGGCUAAGGAAGGUCAGCCAGAGGCUCAAUACAUUCGUGGGACAUGGUACGAGGAUGGUCUGUAUGGCACAAAGAAAAGCGCAGACAAGGCCCUGCGGUACUACCAAUCAGCAUCCAAGGGUGACUAUUCUCCUGCUCAUUACAAGGUCGCGUGCUUUUGUGAAAAGAGAAAGGACAAUAACAAGGCCAUCGUCCUCUACAAGAAGGCCGCAACACAGAAUGAUGUUCCUGCGAACCACCGCCUGGCUAUGGUCUACUUGUAUGGCGAUCUCGGUCAGAGCAAGAACAUGAAGACAGGACUCCAAUAUUUGAAGCGUGCUGCUUCGUCUGCGACAGAAGACUCGCCCUUAUCCCCCUACGUCCUCGGCCUAAUCCUAGCUCGUGAAUACACUGAGCUCAACAUUCCCGACGAUAUUGCUUUUCCCGAUGAUGGUGAGGCACUGGAAUGGUUCAAGAAGUCGGCCGAGUUAGAGUACGGCCCUGCAAACUACAAGCUGGGCUAUUGUUACGAGUACGGGACCCUGGGCUGCAAAGUCGACCCUUUCCUCUCGAUUCAGCACUACGAGCGUGCCGUAAUUGCGGGCGAUGGCAAAGGUGAGGCGGAGAUGGCACUCAGUGGAUGGUAUCUCAGUGGAGCAGAGAACUGCUUCGAGGCCGACGAUUCGCUUGCGUUCCAGUAUGCGGCCAAGGCGGCAGACAAGCAGCUUCCCAAGGCGCAAUAUGCGAUGGGAUAUUACUAUGAGGUCGGCAUCUCGGUCCCUAUCGAUAUGACGAAGGCGAUGGAAUUUUAUAAGUUGGCAGCGGCGAACGGCAAUAAGGAGGCACAGACAAGGUUG